AUGUUACUAUCACCUCGUCCUGCUCACCUUACCAAUACCUUGGAUAACCCUACCCUACCUAUUCCUAUCGUUUCACCUGUCAAAGGCAAAUCAAAGGCUUCUUCACCUCAAUACGAUCCUCAAUCAGAAUCCGAUGAUGAAGAGGAGGUAAAACCAAAGAUCUCCAGAUCCAACUCACGCUCGAGAUCUACCUCUUUACCUGCUUGUAGGAUUGAACGAAAGUUUAAAUGCCUUCAUCCAGGUUGCGAUAAAGCGUAUUUCAAACCUUCUCGAUUGGCUGAACACGAACUGUGUCAUACCGGAGAGCGACCCCACAAAUGCCCUAAUUGCGGUCAAUCGUACCUUCGAGCAUCCCACUUGCACGCUCAUAUGCGGACUCACCUCUCUCCGGAUGCGAAGCCAUUCAGAUGCGAGCGAGAAGGUUGCGACAAAAUAUUUUGGACCGCUACUCACCUAAAAAGACAUCAUGAUGUACAUGAUAAAGCGGAAGUCUACGCUUGUGACCAGUGCGACGAAACUUUUGUCAAGGCUCAUCUUCUUCGAGAUCAUGUCACCGUCACGCACAUGCCAGAGGGUGCAAAGCCCUACCCUUGUUCUCAUGAAGGUUGUGCUCAAAGUUUCAAAAUGAAAGCUCAUCUCAAGGCACAUGAGAAAACACAUGAUCCAAAUCGAUAUACAUGCUCGCAUCCAUCUCACGGAGAUGAAUUCCCCUCUUUUCCCGUAUGGUCUGCCCUUCAAACUCACAUUCACACUGCCCAUCCCCCCGUAUGCCCACAUGCGGAAUGUAAUGGCCGUGUGUUCAAAAAUGCCGGACGAUUGAAGGAUCACCUGAAAGUGCAUGCCGAACAGGCAGUCGACAAAGCUGCUCUAGCGGCUAAACAGCCCGAAGGUGAAAUUCCCCAGAUCAUCGCUGAUGGUUUAUCGAGAAGAGCCAAGCGGAGGAGGAUCAGUGAGAUCAAUGCUACGGAAGAUGGUGGGUCGAGUCCGAAGUUGAGAAGAGUCUUGUCUGGAGAAGCCGGUAAAGAUUGGUGGUGCGAUGAGGAAGGAUGUGAUAAGAGGUUCAAAUCGAAAUUUGCACUUGAAGCACACCGAAAAGCCAUUCAUCUAUCGCUCCGACCCCACAUCUGUCCUUUUGAUGAAUGUGGAAAAUCGUAUCCUCACAAGGCGAAUCUCACUAGACAUAUCGCCUCUCAUUCGAGACCUAUCACUCCGUCGGGUACUACCAACAAAGAUGACGCUGUUGCGAAUAGUAAUGGUCUGGUUGGGAAAGUCAAAGAAGUUAGGAGGUUCGGUUGUCCCGCUCAUGCUUUUGCCAAAUUCGCUGGACUCUCCACCACCACUGGUGAUAUCGACAUCGCUACUGGUAUCGACCUCAGUGCCAAUAAGAUAGGAAGAGACGAUGAAGAGUAUAUCCCUUCGAUGAACGAUGGUAGAUGUUUGAUGAGGUUCUGGAGGGUAUACGAUAUAAGACGACACCUCAAAGCUGAGCAUGGAAUAGAGUUGGAGGAUAUGGAAACGAGGAGGUUGUUGUUAUUUGAUGGACAAACUGGGGAAUAG